GUGAGCGCACCCCACCCUGGACAUAGUCGGUGCCGCACUGCGGGCCAACACACUCCCUGGUAUGGAUUACGCCCCACACAGUGUCUCGCUCAGUCACAGGCAGUCCACCCUUCUCCCACAUCUUAAUUCCAUCUGACACACUGUGAGAGUACUAACUUCUCCUCACCUUAGCAGUACGCGAGACAGUGUAUAAGAAAGUGUGUCUCAUCUUCUUGACCAAACACUGCGCGGGGCACAGCGCCGGGAGUUGUCUCUUGUCAAUAGAUUUUAACAUUACGAGAGACUGUAUAUAAGGUGUCGCUACUCACUGUAUUAUGUAAGAAUGUACAAAAGUUUUUUCUGAAUUAUUCACGACUUGGUGUUAGAAUAAGUGUCUCUCAUCCCCCCACCCGUAAAAGGAUAUGAGUAAGCGGAUUGGGCAUCUCCUUACGACGCUAACUCGACACUAAACGUAAAACUUUCAUACUCAGUGAUAUUAACUGAUGCUGCCGUCAGAGAUGGUGUCUUUAUUGAUUCACUAGGUUUUAAGCGAUACAGUGUCUGGAUACUUCCUUACCUCUGGACCUUGACUUUACCUUAAGAAGUGUAUUAAAACAUUCUCACAACUGUCAAUCUAGGUAUAACGUCUUCCAUCAGUAAGCAACAAAACAAUGUCUGGUGGUGACAGCUUUGAUGAUCUACUGUCGACUUUGGGAUUCGGAAGAUGGCAACUUCCAUCCCUCAUGGUGACAGUACUUGCCAUGUCGCAGUUUUCCGUCCAUCUGAUUGGCUCGCCGCUACUCAGUGCUCCUCUCGCGUUCCGCUGUUCCAUCCUUCCACUCAGUCUCAGCAAUACCAGUACGACGUGGUCACCGUCGUCUCAUUUCGACGAACAGUGUCUUCAGUUCCCUACCAACACUACUACCACCACCGCCACCACGCUCACCAACACCUCCACCGAUAUUAAUACUGUCACCAACAUCACCACCGCAGCUGCCGUCAAUGUUUCCGUCAUCACCCCAUCCAUCACCACCACUCACUCCUCACAAGACAUCUCUCACCUCACAACAUGGAGGACCACCAGCCUUCCCUCCUGCCCAUUAAUCCAGUAUGAUACUUCAGUGUUCACUUCAACAGUUAUAUCUGAGUGGGACCUGGUGUGUGAGAGAGCCACCCUCCAACCCCUCUUCCAGACGCUCUUCACAGUCGGCGGCAUCAUCGGCAGCAUCCUUGGCGGCCACAUCGGCGACAGAUGGGGUCGGCGUCGGGCGGUGGUUGGAGCAUGUGCGGUGAACCUGGUGGUGGUGUUGGCCAUGGCCCUAACUCCCCUUUACCCACUCCUCAUCACCCUGCGCUUUGUGGCCGGCUGCUCUGUCAUGGCUAUGCUCGUCCCCGCAUGGAGUCUCACCCUGGAGUCGACGCCAGCAGGGUGUAGGAGCCGGGUGGGGAUGCUGUUAGGGUUGCCGUUCUCAGCCAGCACGGUGUUGCUCGCGGUGGUGGGCUGCUUCAUCCGGGAGUGGCGGAUCCUCCUGCUGGUGUGCUCCUCACCCAUCCUCAUACUCCUCCCGGUGGCUUUCAUGACUGAUGAGUCGCCGCGGUGGCUGGUUCAGCAGGCGAGGAUGGAGGAGGCCACCAGAGUGAUGCACAAAGCCCUGCAGCAGAACAAAGUCCAGUUGACAGCACCCCUCAACACCCUCAUGGAACAACUCAUACAGGAAAGCAAAGCGACCUCCAGCGGGGCUUCCCAUGGCUCCAGCCUGUUACUAUCUGCCGUACGUCAGGUGUGGUCGUACCUGCGCGCACCCGCCAUGCGCACCAUCAUCAUCGUGACUCCAAUACUGUGGUUCCUGCAGAGCUGUCUUUACCUGGGUGUCCUUAUCAAUGCUAAUAAUUUUACCAGUACUGAUCCGUUCCUGUAUCUGGCUUUGUCUGGGUUGAUGGAGGCGGUGGCCAUCGUGGUUAUCACUCCCCUUACCGGUUACCUGGGUCGUCGCGUCAUGGUGUGGGCGGGCUUAGCCUUGGGUGGCGCCCUCCUCAUGCUCGAACUCCUCGUCCCAGAGGACUCUGGAUACUUCUGGGUUGACUGGCUUCUGGUCAUGCUUGGCUUCUUACUGGUGGCUGGUGCUUUCCAGGUCAACUACGUGUAUGCUCCGGAGCUCUUCCCCACAGAGACCAGGGCCAGGGGGUUCGCCUUCGUCAACGUUAUGGGCAGUGUCGGCUUCUCCUGCGCCCCUCUUAUCACCUACGUCCUGGCAGAAUACGCCUGGUGGGCAGUCAGCGUCACCUUCGGCUGUGCUGGGAUCCUAGGCAGUCUUUUAGUGCCCUUCCUUCCCGAAACCAACAAGAGACCGCUGCCGGAGACUCUGCAGGACGUAGAAAACAGACAGUGCAAGUUCUUGUUCAGCAGACGGAAACGGUCACAGCGCCAGCGACAGGAAACAGCAGAUUGCCACACCAACAUGACGCCGCUCCUGGAGGCAGCGACAAGUGGCCUCAAUACACCUGAGUCCCCACACUGCCAGAAAGACCAGCAACAAGUCCAAAGUACAGAUAAUGUUGGCAUUGAACACACACCAGGGAAUGGCAAUGCUAACAAUAGUGUAUUGUAACUGUAAGAAUAAUAGCCAAUAGAAUCUGUCCGAGAGUCCGAUAGAACCGUCGCUACCAUAGAUCUAGCUGCUGUAUGUAGACGUACUGUAGGUUAAAGACAUUCAUUCUUAUUAAUUUAUAUUUAUAUUUUCUUAUAGCAAAUCUUCAUAGCAGAUGUUCCAGUUAUCAAAGAAUUCUCCCAAUGAAACACUCCGUAAUCAAAACUAACUCAGAGGAAAGUGUAAGAUUAAAACUUAAUAGUAUUUGUUUGUUCUGUCAGUAUUUCUUGUGGAGUAAAGAGACAUGCUCAUCACUACCUCUUAGUCAAGUGUAAAAACUCCAAAACACAGUCAAUAUUCAAUGCACAUCUUCACAUAUCAUAAUUACAUAUUUUUUACUGUUGUGUGACACUCCUAUGGCUCCAAUGCAUCUUGUCUAGAAUAUUAUAAUAUAAGUAUAGGCUCCUUUAUUAAUCAGGGAUUAUGGAUAAAGAAAAAAGUAAAAAUUAAUAUUUUUAAUGGAAAAGAUUGAAUCUCGCAUAAUUUUUGUUUUUAUUAUUGUAAACUUAGUAAGCCAGCCUCGACCCGGUAGGCUAGUCACAUUUCUUGCCUUUGUUAUUAUAUGUAAUACCUAUCCUAGUGUUUACAUGUUCUCCAUGGUAGACCGCCAGCACACAAGUGUCGCCAACGACCCCGUGCUAAACUGUGGCAUCCAGGAAAGUACAUUUAAACAUGUCUAAUAAAGUAAAAUUCUAGAAAAUUAUUCCAAAUUACUAUAUACAGUAUACACACUUUAGUUAUAAACUAACAAGUCUUCUACCGGCACAUGUAGAGUUGUUUAUUUAUUGUAUUUACUUUUUCUUGUUUGCAAAUUUGAAAGUAGGUUUCUUAGGCCUAACCAUUCCCUAUAUAUAUAUCACACUGAUAAUAUUGUGGUCAGUAUUGCACUCGACUGCUCUUAUUUCCUCCAACUGUAAAGUACCCUGAAUGCGAACCAGUAACCCCUGGAACAAGGGGCGAGUGUUCUGUCUAUUCCUACCGCCACACACAGUCUAAUGGAAAAGAUAGACACAACGGUAUAAAUGAGUACCCGGUAUAUAUUUAGAGAGACAUAUAUUAUAAUCAAUAUUAUAUAUUUUAGAUAUCCGAGAUAUUUAGUUGGCUAUUUUUUGAGGAUUUAAUAUCUUUUAACUUAUGAUAUUACCAUUUGUUCAAUAUAUAUCUAGCCACCUAGGAGAGGCUAUACGGUCAGUCACUCGUGUUAUUUGUUAACAGUAUAUAAUUGUUACUUCUUAUCUAAUUCCGAGUUCAGCUAAAUAAAUGGCAUUGUUUUAUGCAUCAUGAAGAGCCUGUGGAGUGUUGUUGUUUUAGAGUCAGGUGCUACGAGGACCACUAUAAAAAUGCUAUAACGCUAACCUUACCUAACAUAGCUUCCCCAGGUAGCAUUACGGAAUUUAAUUGUGUGAAAUAAGCUCGGGUGCCCAAUUUUUAUAUGAUCCUACUUUUUUAUUAACUCGUGGAUGUACAGAUCAAACAGUAAAUGCAAUGUUUACAGGGAAGCUGAUGUAUACGAUCCACUCAAAUUAUAAACAAAACUCAGGGGAAGGGUUCUACAAACAUUUUAAAUUCAGACUGUGGGAGUAUGUUAUAAAAUUUUCCUCCUUACAGACAUUGGUCAUGUACGAAUAAGCUUACGACAGGGAGAGUCACUUUUGCAGGGAUGUUAUUCCCUUUGGACUUCAUUCAUCAAAAGACUUCACUCAGAAUCAUUCCUCUCCGGGAGAUGUUGUCAUUCACCAAGGGACGUCACUUACCCCGGAAAGUCACUCGCCAAACGACCUCACUCAUCAAAGGAAGUGACUCGGUGGAAAGUCACUCAUCAGGGGAUAUGACUCGCCACAUACUCCCCUUAUCUACUGUCUUAUGUUUAGUGUAUAAUCAUCGUAUUUUUUAAGUGAGACAACUGGAACUAUUUAUGUAGUCGGAAAAUUGAGAAGGAACUUGUACUGUAUAAUCAAACAAAUCUUUAAGAGUCACAGCUCUUUUGAAAUGAUACGUUAUUUAUUACAUUUUUAAUUUAACCUCUAAAUAACAUGUAACAUAAUCUGCUGUAUGUGAAUAUAUAACAAGUGCCUGGUGCUUGUGUAUGUUAAUAUAGUUAUAGACUAAUGUGAGAGCUGAGGCGUUAUGUGAUCAUGUGGCAAUGUAAUGCGAGUAGAGGUGUGGUUGGUUAUAACAUACAUUGUAGUACCUGUAGUAGAGGUUACAAGUGAGGAUAGGCCUACUGUAACAUGAUGUGGUAGUGCUGGGUUUAGUAUGUAGAGGAGGGAUAUUCAUAAAAUCAUGUUAAACAGUGCUGUAAUAAUAUGUUAAUGUUAACUUGGGAGACAGUGAACCAACAGCCUGCUAAUGGUGCUAUAUACAGUACGUAGGAAUAGAAGAGAUGUUGACACCAAUUUAAGUAAUGUUAACUUUUUAAUUAUCUUUCCCAAGCACAAACUAAUUAAAUGAAUCUUAUUAUGUUCAACGUGAUAACAGUGCUUGUCUUCAGUUAAAUUGUUAUUGUUUUAUGCCGUUAUGUACUGUAUGUAUAUUCAUUACAUAAAUAUUUUUGUAAGUAUUUAUAAAUUAAACUAACAAAUUGGUCGGCGACUUUUUAAUGUGAUAUCUUAAGGAUUAUAGUCAAAAUACAAAAUAUACAAACA